UUUGGUUAUAAUUUUUCUGUUUUAUCUGUUAACUUUCUAAUAGGGGUAUGUAUCGAUUUGGAUCUUGGUUUGGAAAAUGAGAGAAUUUCAGAUGAUAACAUAACCGCUUCUUCGGUACAAAAUGCCAACACACCAGCCAAGAAUGGUAGACUGAAUUACACAUCAGGAUCAUCAUGGUGUGCAGGAACGAGUGACACUAACCCAUAUCUACAGAUUGAUCUACAGACUCUUCAUAUCAUCUGUGCUGUCUCUACUCAAGGAAAUUCUCAAGCAGAUCAGUGGGUGAAGACCUACACUCUACAAUUAUCCAUAAAUGGGACAACUUGGACAGACUACAAGGAAGCUGGACAAGUUAAGGUGCAAUGUUUUUCUGAGUAA